AACACGAACGAAUCCCCGGUGGGAGACAUGGACGAUUAUCCCGGAGUCACCGACAGUGAUCCAACAAAACUGCAGGAAAGACAUUAUUACCUCCUAUCUGAACUGCAAACUUUAGUCAAAGACUUGCCGAGCUCCUUCCAGCAGCGCCUGUCCUACAACACGCUGAGCGACCUGGCGUUGGCCCUCAUUGAUGGGACAGUCUAUGAAAUUGUGCAGGGCCUUCUGGAUAUUCAACAUCUCACGGAAAAAAAUCUAUACAACCAAAGGCAGAAGCUGCACUGCGAACAUCAAGCUCUAAAGCAAGAUCUGGUCCGAAAACACAAGGAGGCUAUACAGUCAUGCAAGUCGCACAACCUUGCACUUCUCAAAUCAACCCAGCAAUCUGAAGUUGAGGCUUUGGAAGCUCGGGUUCGCGAGGAGCAAAAGAUGAUGGACAAGAAGAUUGUAUCAGAAAUCGAUCAAAAAGUGACUGACCAGCAGAACACGUUGGAGAAGGCAGGCGUUCCAGGCUUUUACAUCACCACUAAUCCUCAGGAGCUGACGAUGCAGAUGAACCUGCUUGAACUGAUUCUCAAGCUUCAACAGAAGGAUCCGCAGGCUGGACUGCUGUGAGAAGGAUUACAGGGUCAUGGCUGUUCAUAAAGAGCCGAUAUUUAUUUUUCACACACAGAGGAUUUAAAGAAAGCUUAUUGUUUUUCCUUCCAUGGCCAAUGCUGCUGUUCCACACCUGAAAGAAAUCCUUAACGCCUGAAGGAGAACAUUGAGCCCACUCCCAGCUGAUAUACUGUAAACUUUCUUUGGGACUAUUUGCCUGUUCCAAUUUUUUUUGUGACUUUACAGCCAGCGGUAUUGUUCAAAAGGUAUUUAUUAUUUUCAUUUUGAGAGAUAAGGAGAAUGUUUGACUUUUUAUUUUAAAAUUCUUUCUUUCUGUCACAUUCCCUGUGCGCAUAAAGUAAAAUCUGUUUUUUAAUUUAUAGUCUGAUUAUAUUGAGUUUACUGAAAGAUAUGAUACUGUAUUAGUUCAUUAAAAAAAUUUGGUUUAAAACUUA